AUGGCUGGCCACAGGCUGCAGGCGACCGCUCUCUGUCUCCUGGCGCUGGCGCUCUGCGCCUCCGCCACCUCGGGCGGCUACGGCUACUACGGCCACAGGCGGCUUACCCAGGCCAGCGGCUUCCACCGUGACCUGCUGAGCUAUUACUACGGCGGCCACAGGCGGCUGUCGUCGUACUACUAUGGAGCAAGGGCCUCCACCGCCGCCUUCCCGCUGCCUGCCGGUCGUGCGCUGGAGGAGCGGCAGCCGGAAACGCCCUGCCAUCGGGACAUUGUGCACCGCUAG